GUCAACAUUGUUCUACAAUGUUCUCCGUGUUCCAUUGAAGUUUUGCAUACUGGUUGACAAAAAAAGAUUGAACAUGUUGUUUGAACUUAAUUCAAUUGGUGUACAUAUUGAUGUGGAAAUUUAGCAUCAUGGAUAAAAAUAUUGGAAGACACGGUAAGGGCUCCAAAUAUGUGGAUGCCACUCGACACCCUGAACACAAACCCUAUGACUACAGUGUAAGACACUGGUCUGAAAAGUCUUAGCGUUUUCUCAGUAAACGACUUGGUAUUUUCCCUCCUAAAUUGAACUUUUCUCGACAUAAUUCUGCUUUAUGAUGGCUAGUAAUAAGUCACUGUAAGGAAUAAUCACUGGUGUCCUUAUAUGGAACUCUUCCCAAAGACGCAACUGGCUGUGAUAUCGGAGGGUUUUGGGACUGAUGAGAAGCUGCACUGUGUGACUUCCCCCAAGUCUAAUACCACAAAUCCAUUAUGUCUGGGAGUGCAUCCUCUUCCCAGACUGAAGAUGGCAACAUUGAGGAAUAUCACCAGGAAAUGCUACGACGGGCCGAAUUGCAGUGUGAACUGACCCUAAGAAAGGCCAACAUCAAGAAAUUGAUGGAGGACAUCAGUGUCUUAGCUGAGGAAUUGAAACGUGAAUGCUUAGUUGAGAAGUGGGGUAGUUGUCCACAGAAUGAUGGCUCGCAGCGAGUCAAACCAGACGUCCAGACUGCAGCACUUUGUGCUGAAGUGGCUGAAAACCCGGAGUUGCUCGAUGAGGUGUUGAUGAGACUUCACUAUCAGAAAGCCAAGCUGAAGUCUGAGGUCACGGAGGUCAUGUCAAAGUUGAAGCCGUGGGAUGAGCCAGUGUGGUAAACUGUACCUUGCCAUAAUUUGAUUUGCUAGAAUGUGGGACUAGCUCAAGCCAGUCGGUGUUUGCUGAUUGGAGCCAUAUUUCAGGGGCAAGUAUCCCCUACUUCCUCCUGGCUGAUUAUGUAUUCACAUCACCAAGGUGACUGGCUGGCUGAGUGCCAUGAAAGGUCAUCUUGUGGCGGAUGGGAAAAUCCAUGUGAUGCCUGGCAGUAGAGUAGGCACACAUGCGCUGCAGGGUGGAACUCCCACUGACGACCGUCAGCUUGACACUGAGAAAUCAUCUUUCACAUGCCAACACUGCAAGGGAUGUACCAACAUUUACUGUGGUGACUCAAGCCGUUCGCUUUUUCGUGGCAAAAGUUGACAAUGUGUGACCCAUCCACAAACCUGAACGUCUGCCAACAAGUCUCCCCCAGUCUUGGGUACUCCACUGGUUGAAUUGACUUUUUCUUGGAAGUACAAUGUAGUGCACCAAAGUGACAAAUGUUGCCAUGUAGCAUGAAACAGGAAGCAUCAAAUUAAGGGUUAUUUAUUGACAACUUUUCAAAGGAGUUAAAAAAUAAUUACGCCAUUUAUACUGCCAAUAUACAUUGCUUGUGCACAGUUUAUUUACAUGGAAAAGAACACAUUGACGCACUUGAGAUUCACUUCGAGGAAUUGUCAUAGGAGUACUGUAAUUAGCAGUUAUGCAUAUUACCCUUUUCACCACACAUGCAUUUAAAAAAUUUCAAAAUGCUAACUAUCGGUACCUAUCCCCUCACCAGCAAAGAGGAAAUAGGCUGGUGGGAACUGGGAAAAGGUCCAACUGGGCUCAUUGGGUACAUGCAAAGACUGUACAUUUGAAUGGGUAGGUUUAUACAUACAUAGCAUGUCCCACGCCAAGCGCUCAUGCACCUGUGCACCCAUGCUGUGGUUUUCCACCAUGAGGGACAUCAGUGCUAUAAUUAUGCAGGUAAGCACAGGCCAUUUCUUGUUCCUGCUUCCAGCAGGUAGACUUAAAUAUCUGGAGCAGGUCUUUUUGUGAUCUGCAUGGCGUUUGAUCCCAGCCUUCAUUUGUAUGUUAAUGUUGAACAUCCUGCCAAAUGUGACCUCCUGCAAGCAAGCGACUUUCAAGAUUUUACAGAAUUGAAAUUUCUGUUAAAAAAAAUUGUUGUUGGAUAAUUGUAAUUGAUGUGUUUCACUAAGGGUGCAAAGCAUCAUGACGUUUGAGAUGUUGGAAGUGACAAUUUCCUGAAAAUAAAGUACUCGGUAAAGGGGCUUAAAAUAAAAGCGAAAGAUGUUGCAACAAAUG